UCCCAGUGCCAUCACAUGCUGAAGCACCUUCACAAUGGAGCUCGCAUCACUGUCCAGAUGCCUCCUAACGUAGAGGGUCACUGGGUGUCCACCAGAUGUGAGGUGAGACCAGGUCCAGAGUUUCUGACGCGCUCCUAUCGCUUCUACUCCAACAACACCUUCCAGGCCCACCAGUUCUACUACGAGGACAACCACUGCACCAAACCCAUCUACACGCUGGUGAUCCGGGGUCGCCUGUGCUUACGUCAGGCCUCCUGGAUCAUCCGCGGUGGCACCGAAGCAGAGUACCGCCUCCACCGUAUCCAGAUGGUGUGUCAUACAGCCACUGUGGCCAAGGAGCUCAGCCAGAGGUUGAACCGCAGCUGCCGAGGGGCUGUGAAGGACCCAUGGGAGCACAGUGUGAUGUAUGAGCUGUGGAGUGAGGAGGGCGGCUACGACUGCUCCAGGGAGCUCAACUUCGCCAUGCACGAGCUGCAGCUGCUGCGGGUGGAGAAGCAGUACAUGCAUCACAACCUGGAUCACCUGGUGGAGGAGCUGUUUCUAGGCGACAUCCACACUGAGCCGUCCCAGAGGUUGUACUACAAGCCGUCCAGCUACCAGACCGCCCUGCAGAAUGCUAAGAACCACGACCACGGCUGCAUCGCCUGUCGCGUCAUCUACCGCUCAGAUGAGUUCCACCCUCCCAUCCUGCCGCCGCGGGCCGACCUGACCGUCGGUCUGUACGGCCAGUGGGUGAGCCAGCGCUGCGAGGUUCGCCCCGAGGUCCUCUUCCUCACCCGUCACUUCAUCUUCCACGACAACAACCACACCUGGGAGGGUCACUACUACCAUUACUCUGACCCCGUCUGCAAACACCCCACCUUCACCAUCUACGCCCGCGGACGCUACAGCCGAGGGCUUCACUCCACCCGCAUCAUGGGAGGGACGGAUUUUGUUUUCAAAGUGAACCACAUGAGAGUGACACCCAUGGACUUUGCCACCACUUCCCUCCUCAACGUCUUCAACGGUAACGAGUGUGGUGCAGAGAGGUCCUGGCAGAUCGGAGUGGAGCAGGAUGUCACCGUAACCAACGGCUGCGUGGCACUGGGCAUCCGGCUCCCCCACACGGAGUACGAGCUCUUCCGCAUGGAGCAAGACGCCCACGGCCGAUACCUCCUCUACAACGGCCAGCGUCCCAGCGACGGCUCCAGCCCGGACCGGCCGGAGAAGCGUGCCACCUCCUACCAGAUGCCUCUGGUCCAGUGUUCAGCCAGCAGCCAGUCAUCGGACUACGGCCACGGGGACGACAGCGACAGGCCUCAGCGGCUCCGCAAUGACUGCACAGGACGGCUCCGAGGCAGCCAGGAACACGUCAUGGUGGUUCUCGUCGCAUUUUUCAUGUCCCUGCUUCCAUGCUGGCAAAGCUAG